AUGGAAGGAGAAAGACAUGGGGCCUGUCUGCGACUGCGAGUGCCUCCUCCCAGAAUUUCUUCCCUUCUCCUUUUUCUCUUCUUCCUGCUUAACCUUACAACUCCAACCACAGUUAGAGGUCAGUAUGCCGUGGCCAAAUACUCACCCGUAGACAAUUACCUAAUUGACUGCGGUUCACCCAGAUCUACGGUUCUAGAAGACGGUCGGAGCUUCCGAUCAGAUCCACAGUCGGCCUCUCACCUGGAUACAGAUGAGGACGUGCAGGCCUCCGUCGACUCCAUCUCCAAAAGUCUUUCUUCUCCUUCUUUUGCUCUCUCAUCACUGCCGUUAUAUCUUAAUGCGAGGGUGUUUCCUGACGAAGCCACAUACAGCUUUUUCAUCUCCCGCCCCGGAUGGCACUGGGUCCGUCUUCACUUCUACCCGCUUCCACACCCACAAUACAAUCUCUCGAAUGCCGUGUUCUCUGUUAGCACCGACGACCUCGUCCUCUUGCACGACUUCUCGAUGCCGGAGGAUACUCCGACGGUAAUGAAGGAAUAUAUCAUCAACAUCAACACCGAUAGGUUCUCUCUAAAAUUCGAACCCAAGUCCAGUUCUGUCGCAUUCAUCAACGCCCUCGAGAUUGUCUCCACUCCUGAAACACUAAUCUCCGAUUCAGCCUCCGCCGUCUCUCCGCCAGGGGACUUCACAGGAUUGUCCAGUUAUGCGCUUCAGGUAGCUUACCGAUUGAAUGUUGGGGGGCCGAUUGUGACGCCCAAGAAUGAUACACUAGCAAGGAUAUGGCAACCUGAUACUCCAUUCUUGAAGCUUCCCGAAGCAUCUAGGAAAGUAUCGGUUUCUCCGAGUAUUAUCAAGUACUCAGAUACCGGGGAGAGCCCUUUCAUCGCCCCUAAUUUUGUGUACGCAACAGCGGUUGAGAUGGCCGAGUCUCUGGUUUCCGACCAAAAAUUUAACAUCACCUGGGAGAUGACCGUGGAUCCAGGCUUUUCCUACCUCAUCCGAUUGCACUUCUGUGAUAUCGUAAGCAAGAGCCUCGACAAUCUCUACUUCAAUGUCUACAUUAAUGGGCUGAUGGGUGUCUCAGGUCUCGACCUCUCCACCCUCACCUCUGGCCUCGCCGUUGCUUAUUACAGAGAUUUCGUGAUUAAUGCGACAGAUGCAAUCGUGAACAACGGCACAAUCCGGGUGCAGGUAGGGACAGCAACCAACAUUGGCUCAGGUCCGCCAAAUGCCAUUCUCAAUGGCCUGGAGGUGAUGAAGCUGAGCAACUCCGACGGGAGCUUGGAUGGUAUGUUCGGUGCCCGGGGGUCUUACUUAGGGCCAAAUACAGGAGGCACCGCAAUGAAGAUAAUUGCCGGAAUCGGUCUGGUCAUGGGGGUGACGGCGAUGUUGAUGCUUGGGUCUGUUUGCAUGCGUUGGCAGAAGAGGCCACAAGAUUGGGAGAAGCGCAACAGCUUCUCAUCAUGGCUCCUCCCCAUCCAUGUCAGCCAAUCUAGUUUCAUGACCAGCAAGAGCGCGUCACGCGGCAUGUUUGGCUCCCACAAGAGCAAGAGCGGCUACUCGGGCUUCUUCUCGUCUGCACUAGGGCUUGGGCAAUACUUCACCUUUGCUGAAUUGCAGGAGGCAACCAAGAACUUCGACGACAACGCAGUGAUAGGUGUUGGUGGGUUUGGAAAGGUGUACCUGGGCAAACAGGAAGAUGGGACUCAGCUUGCCAUCAAGCGUGGGAACCCUAGUUCUGAGCAAGGCAUCAACGAGUUCCAAACUGAGAUACAGAUGCUGUCCAAGCUUCGACAUCGCCACCUGGUGUCACUCAUUGGGUACUGCGACGAACAAUCGGAGAUGAUCCUGGUGUACGAGUACAUGGCCAACGGACCACUCCGUGACCACAUCUAUGGCUCCAACCGCCCACCUCUGUCGUGGAAACAACGGCUCGAGAUCUGCAUUGGUGCGGCCAGGGGGCUGCAUUAUCUUCACACCGGCGCGGCGCAAGGCAUAAUCCACCGUGACGUCAAGACCACCAACAUUCUGCUGGAUGAGAACUUCGUUGCCAAAAUGGCAGACUUCGGACUCUCUAAAACUGCACCCACGAUGGAGCAGACUCAUGUCAGCACAGCAGUGAAGGGUAGCUUUGGGUAUCUGGACCCAGAGUACUUCAGGAGGCAGCAACUGACGGACAAGUCCGACGUUUACUCAUUUGGGGUUGUCCUUUUUGAGGUGUUGUGCGCAAGGCCUGCCAUCGACCCAGCUUUGCCCAGGGAGCAAGUUAACUUGGCGGAAUGGGCAAUGCAGUGGCACCGUAAGGGCUUGAUUGAGAAGAUAAUCGAUCCUCAUCUCGCCGGGAAAAUAAACCCCGGAUCCCUAAAAAAGUACGUGGAAGCAGCAGAGAAGUGUUUGGCUGAACAUGGCGUCGACAGGCCAUCCAUGGGAGACGUGCUCUGGAACCUGGAGUAUGCACUACAACUGCAGGAGGCAUCUUCACAGACUGAUCCUCCGGAAGAAGAAAAUACUUCGGCCAAGACCGUUGCUUUAGAACGACCAGCUGCACCCAAGGAAAUCAAGGUGCCGCCUCCUACUCUUGAUAUUGAUGAUGUUUCUGACGAGAUUGGGUCUCCCUUGUUUUCGCAGAUUACAGGAUUUCAAGGGAGGUAG